AUGUCCUGUUACGACACAAUCCAGCUAAAUAUUUGCUUCAAGUCUUCAUCAAUCGUAACUACGGAAAUCACGCCCCCAGUCACGACUCAACUCAAGACGCAGUUCGAAACAACCACACCGCAGCGCCUAACCAUCAACGGUAUCGACAUGCUACUUCACUUGGGCCAAACAGCCUUUGCCUCUGAGGCUCAGUCAAACACUGCCGCACUGAGCUCAGUACGUUGUGCCACUACAAAGAGCAUGAUACCCAACACAAACCUCUGUGUGUAUCGAAUCAUGAAGAGGCCUCAGGAUGCGAGUCUAAACGAACAUCCUAGCAUGACUUACCUCUGCUGUGUCAUUCGACGAGGCCGAGCAGAUCCUGCAUCCAUGCCACAGUCAGGAUCACCUUCAUGA